AUGUCGACCAAGCUGGAAGUGGACGUGGAGACGCUGGGGGACAGGCCGGUGUUGUUGAAGCGCAAGGACUUUCUGGACACGGAGAAGGCAGCUCAGAGUCAUCCCAAUCGGACGUAUUACUAUCAACAAUCUACAGAUCUCCAGCAUGUGAUUGACUCGUCCACCAGCCAUCUCGUGCGCGAACCGAAAGACGUCAAGGUGUUGCUGGCACGUGGCCAAGCACUCUUCAAGCAGGCCAACUACGACCAAACUAUUCAAGAUCUUACUGAAGUUGUGGCACUCGACAGCUCGAAUGCUGCAGCGCUGUACACGCGUGGGUUGGCGUAUUCAAGACUGGGCAAAGUGCAGCUAGCGAUACGGGACUUUUCACGGACAUUACAGAUCAAUCCAGAGCACGUCAACGCUGCGUAUGCCCGUGCGUCGUGCUACAACUCGCAAGGGGAUUUUGUACGAGCUAUCGACGACUACAACUGCGCUUUACUGAAAGAUAAAAAGCUCAAACUGCAACAGAAACAGCAACAGGAACUCCAUCGCUCUGCAAAUUUGACUCGCCAGCAGCUACAGCGACAGAAACAAGACGAAAGCGUCAGCAACACGCUGGUUUUGUCUCAACGAAUGAAGAAGGCGCCGAUAUCAGGGACCAACAACUUCUCUGCGCUUGACCAAGCAGAAGUCCACCAUGCGAGAGGCUUUCAAUACCGUCAAGAAGGCAAGUUCCAGGCUGCAGCGGAUGAGUAUUCACGUGCGAUUCAACUAAACCCUCAGCACUUCAAAGCGUUCUUCAAUCGCGGCUUCGUGUACGACAAAAUACGGCGCUUUGACGCUGCUGUCGAGGACUACACGCAAGCUCUGAAGAUGGAUCCACACAACGCCUUUGCUCUCUACAACAGAGGCAUCUCUCUCGAUCGUAGUGGAGACUACCAAGGUGCACUGACAGAUUUCACUCGAGCUAUUGAACUGCUCCCUACAAACGCGGAUUUCUACCAUAACCGCGGCUUUUGUCAUCGGAAACAAGGCAACUUUGAGUUGGCUAUAGCGGACUAUUCACGGGCGAUCGAGUUCAAUCCGAACCACUUUAAGUCACUGUACAAUCGAGCGUACUCGUACGAUAAACUUGGACGUUACCAAGAGGCUGCGCAGGACUAUACCGCCGCCUUGCGAGUUGAACCGGAGAACGCCAACGCUUAUCACAAUCGAGGAAGUACGUAUGAUAAAAUGAGAGAUACCACGCGAGCCAUCGCCGACUUUGAUCGUGCGAUAGCUCUACAACCUCGCUCAGUAUCGAGCUACAACAGUCGCGGACUGUGUUAUGAUCAACUUGGACGGCACCAAGAAGCUUUGCAGGAUUUUGCGCUGGCUUUGACGUUGGAUCCUCGCAGUGCUGUCUUUUAUCAUAACCGCGGCUAUUGUCUUCGAAACAUGGGGCGCUUUGAAGAAGCUGUGCAAGAUUACAGCUCGGCUCUUGCUCUGGAGCCUCGCAAUGUCGCUGCGUAUAAUAACAGAGGGUACGCAUUGCGUAAGCUUCGACGCUUUCAAGAAGCUGUCGCCGACUACACCACCGCGCUGACUAUUGACCCACAAAACACAAGAACGCUCAGUAAUCGAGCCUAUUCGUUAGCGAAGAUGCAACAUAUCGAAGAAGCCAUCGCAGAUUACUCCCAGAUAUUGACACUAGACCCUCAGAAUUCAUACUCGCGCCACAACCGUGCAAUUCUUACGGCCAAGAUGAAAGUGACAUAG